CCCCUGCAGGCGUCCGUUGUCCCCCGGGACCCAGGAAGCCCAGGGCAGGGCUGCAGAGAAGCUCAUCCCCAGCUAUCCGCCCUCCUAGCCAGGUGCACACGUACCUACUGUAUGCCGGGUACUGUUGUCAGAAGAGCCCCGUACUGGGCCAGCCUGGGGUGCCCAGAGCUAACGAGGUUUAUUGCCAAAGCGGAAAUCGCGUCUUUGAGCAUUUCGGGGAAUGAGUGGAGAGCCGGGAGGGGCGAUCGCUCUGGAGCCGUCAGUGAUGGGGACUGGCCUAGGCUACACGCCCCUCUCUUUGUCUCUAAUUAACCGGCGAGCCGUCCAGAGGCGGGUGUCUGGACCGCGCGGCCCUGGGCCCAGCGCCACCCUGCGCGAGGAAAAGGGGAGUGGGGAGCCGGAGCCCCACCGCGCCCGCAGCGCCGCCGCCGCGCGCCCCUGCGGGAAGGCGGUGCGCUCCCGGGAUCCCGGCCACGCGCCGCGCGCCCCUGCGGGAAGGCGGUGCGCUCCCGGAUUCCGGCCACGCGCCGCGCGCCCAGGCGGGGGAGCUCGCGAGCAGGACAUUCCGCGGGUUCCCGCGGUGGGUGCCGGCCGCCCACGCCCGGGCCCCUCGGGGCUUCACACAGGGGCGUUCACUCGGAGUGACCAGAAUAGCUGCACCUCGCGUUAGGGCCCACGCUGGUACCCUCUGGACACCAGCUGACAAUCCACGUCCGGAAAACCUAGUCAUAAUUGUAGAAUUAAAAAAUGCACGUGAGCCAACCAGCGGCCGCAGCACUUCCGUGAAAAAACCCCGAAAAGCCGUGUCGGCUUCCGCGGAUCCUCUGACGUCGCGGUCCGGAACCCUGCCACCUGCAGUGCCUGCGCCCUGAGCAGAGGGACGGCCGGCGGGACCCAUUCUCCUCAAAGAGACACUUGGGAGACAGCCUUGCUGCAGGGAUGGGGGACUCCUGGAAUAGGAGAUCCCUUUAAACAUGCUCCUGGGCCUGCAGUUUUUUGUACCUCUGGAGACCAUACAUAACAAAAAGUCUCUGAAUUCAGUAUUUUUUAAAUUAAAUUUGUAAUUCAUCACAAUCCUAUCAUCAACCUUGAAAAACUGUUGAUGUUGUAACAUUGUAUGUAAGACAUCGUAUUUAUU